GUCGAUGGGCUCGCCCUCAUUCUUGUUCGGCCAUGGGUAACCAGGUGGAGCACUCGCGGCUGGAGAAGCUGUGCUCUUGGCUGUUCUAGCAUUUCUCAUCUUUGGAGGCAUCUCCAAAACAACAGCAAAACACAACAUUAGCUCAGUUCGUCGGUUGUUCUAGCAACGAUGGAACAAUCCAAUCUUCUUGUUCUAUCCAAGUCCAUCGAUUACUAGACAACCUACACAAGCCUCAAUCUCAACAGUAGAAAUCGCAAAGGCCAAGAAUCACAAGCAACAAAUCGCUUCCUCUUCCAUUGAAAAUCAAGCAUGAGUUCAAUCCUAGUAGCAAGUAUACUAUCAAGAGCUACAACCUAGGAUGAAAUCGCAAGCAUAAAGGAAAGAGAGAACCCAAGAAAUCACUCCCAAAUCGCGAUUUGCAUGCGCUAAAGGGGGAGAGUUCUUGUCCGAUUACCUUGAUUGGAGACGUGAUUCCUGCAAAACAACCCAAUCUCAAGAGAAUCCCAAGAGGUUAGAACCAAAAUCGAUGAGAAAGAGAGGGAUGUGUGUUCGCGAUUUUAGGGUUCUAAGGGGGUGGUUUGCGGCGAGAGAGAUGAAGUGGGGAAGUGGAGUGUUUGGGCCUUAAAUAGGUCCAUCAAAACCGCUUCCUCUUCUCUUUUUCAUUUUUUUUUCAUUUUUUUGUUCGAGCACUUACCUGGAACAAUCGGCGGAACAACCGCUGGAGUGUUCUCCUGGAGUGAUCUCGAAUUUUCUUGAUUUUUCAACCUGCAAGUUAGUUCCUAGAAAGAUAAAGACAAAAAGAAAACAAUACUUAAACUCACCAGUGGGUUGCCUCCCACCAAGCGCUUGUUUUCUGUCACUAGCUUGACUUCAAUGAGCCGAUUAGGCUUGAAGGGGAUCGCUUAAGGGUAUCUCUACACCUUCAGCGAUUGUUGUGUCAGCAAGAUAUGGCUUUAGACGCUGACUAUUGACAACAAAUUCUCCACCUCUUGUGUCCAGCAACACAACAGCUCCAUAAGGGCGAACCUCCUUAAUGGUGAAAUGUCCGGACCAUCUGGACUUAAGCUUUCCAGGGAACAGCUUAACCCGUGAAUUGAAGAGUAAAACCUGAUCUUUCGAAGCAAAGCUUCUGCUGAUGAUCCGUUUGUCAUGGAACGCCUUGGUCUUUUCCUUGUAGAUCUUAGAACUCUCAUAGGCCAGAUGCCUGAUCUCCUCCAACUCGUGGAUCUGAAUGGUUCGCCUCUCCUUGGCGGGUUUGAUGUCGAAGUUGAGUAGUUUGACAGCCCAAGCGGCCUUGUACUCUAGCUCAACAGGUAGGUGGCACGCCUUGCCAUAGACCAGAUGAUAGGGAGUGGUCCCUAGAGGGGUCUUGUAGGCUGUUCUGUACGCCCAUAGAGCAUCGUCAAGCUUAAGGGACCAGUCCUUGCGGGUGGUGUUGACAGUCUUCUGCAGGAUGUUCUUGAUCUCUCUGUUGGAAACCUCCACUUGACCACUUGUUUGAGGAUGAUAGGCGGUUGCAACCUUGUGUUUGACACCAUUCUUGCUCAGCAACCCUUGGAACAACUUGUUGAUAAAGUGAGUUCCACCAUCGCUUAUAACCACUCUAGGCACUCCAAAUCUUGGAAAGAUGAUGGAGGUGAACAUCUUGGUUACAACUCACGCAUCAUUGGUUGGACUAGCGAUCGCUUCUACCCACUUGGAGACAUAGUCCACAGCAACUAGGAUGUACUCGUUCUUGUGAGAGACUGGAAAGGGUCCCAUGAAAUCGAUCCCCCAGCAAUCAAACACUUCAAUUUCCAAGAUGUAGUUCUGAGGCAUCUCGUUUCUCUUGCUUAUACUCCCCAUCCUUUGGCAUGAAUUGCAUCGAGAUAUGAAGGCGUGAGCAUCUCUGAACAUAGUGGGCCACCAGAAACCGGCUUGGAGGAUCUUGGAAACUGUCUUGAAGGUGGCAAAGUGACCAGCAUGAGAGGAACCGUGGCAGUGGUGAAGGAUCCCUGGAAUAUCAGCCUCUGGAACACAUCUCCUGAAGAUCCCAUCCUUGACUUGCCGAUAUAGAUAUGGCUCAUCCCAGAAGUAGUGCCUCGCCUUCCUUAGAAAUUUUCUCUUCUCAUUCCUAGUGAACCUCAAAGGCUCUUUCUCAGCUGCCAAGAAGUUGGCAAUCUCAGCAAACCAUGGAAGGUUCGGGUACUCUUUCUGGAUCACUGCAACGAAUGCUCCUUCCACGCGGGAACAAUCCUUGAUGAAAGGCGACGACUGUUCCAUGUUGCGCAGACCAAUCGCACUGACGUACUCCAUCGGUUGUUCCUCGUCAAGAACUUUCUCAUCUGUCACUUUCAUCCUGGAGAGGUGAUCUGCUACUCCAUUAUCAACCCCCUUCUUGUCUCUUAUCUCCAGAUCAAACUCUUGGGGCAAGAGAAUCCAUCUUAAGAGCCGCGGUUUAGCAUCCUUCUUCGUGAGUAGGUACUUGAGAGCCGCGUGGUCUGUGUGCACAAUCACCUUUGAUCCAACCAGAACCAGGUCUUCAUCAUGGAAGAAUCCCCACAGGAUAAAGCUACCGCGGAAGGCACAUCAGAGGCAGAUCAGUCGGCUGAGGAUCAGCAUGAAGUGAGUUAUGUGAAUGGGCAAGGAUGGCAGUUGAAGAACUAUCACCUGUGAUGCACCCAAAAUCGAGCACCGUCUUGUUUGGUUCAUGGACACGACCCAAGGUGGUGACCUUGUCGACCAGCUAGACCUAGCCGAGGUUUUCUCAUCAGAUUAUGCAAUCUUGGAUAAGCUGAAUACUCAAGUGAGCUGGACUGACACUAUCAUGGAAGAUCUGAGCUGGAAUAACACUCACCCGGACGAGCUGAGCAAGUUGGUUCGACCUUCUGAGCUGGAUCGACCAUCAAACCACCCGAGAAGCAACACAGAUAUAUGUUCAUUGUUCGAAGCAUAUCUUCUAAACCAUGAUGUUUCUUCACUUGAAACCACAUGGAGAAUGUGCUCAAUUCAAUUAUGGAACUCCACGAAGAAGAAUCAGAUAAAAUGGAGUUCAGAUGAGGGAGUUAUGCCAUAUACAACUCAGUUGAUGUUCAGUUCUCGCGAAUUCAGACAUGUGUGGAUCGUCCUGCGUGUAUCCGUAUCCUUCCCAGCAUGGUGUGUACGACCAGCAUGAACCUGGACAUCUUUCCGAAUCUUGACUAGUCAACAUCUGAGACCGCGCAUUGACCAGUCUUCCUUGUUUUCCACACUUUGACUAGAUCUAGUCAAAUUUGUGUUUUCUAUGCAUUGUUUUCUGCACUUUCUUUUAUUUCUCUUUGACUCAAAGUACUAUAAAAUGUAAUCUUUGAUCAUGGCAAUAACAUCAACGAAAUUUCUUCUUUUAUUUGAGUUUUUACUCUUUGUUCUUUGUCAAGAACACUUUUAGUUUCUUUGGUGUGGUUAGCUCCAAACAAACGCCUCUUUCUAGUUGGACCGGUGCGUCAUAUCCGCCAACUGAUCGAGUUUGCUUCCUUGUCGGACCUGUGAGUCAUAUCAGGCGACAUUCAAGCACCCAGACAGUAUCAUUGGGUCAUUCCGCAACCCUUUGUGUCGUCAUUCAAUCCAUCAGUUCUCUUCGGAGUUCAUAUCUUUCAUACCGGUCGAGUGAUCAGAUUUAGGGUGUAUCAAGUGGUAUCAGAGCCACUCUUCCGGUAACACUUUAUCAUUCCAUCUUCUCAUCUCUCCAUAUUCUUCUAAACACUUCUUCUUCUACCUUUCUUGAACCCGGGCCCCUCAUUACCCACCAUAGUUAAAAAAAAAAUGAUCUAAGUUUAUGCUGUAAAAAAAAAGAGAAAAAAAGUUAUAAAAAAAAAAGAAAUUUCAAAGUUUGAUUUGUUUUGUGGUGUGGUGGUGGAAGAGAAAGCCUGCUGGCCGAAGAGAAAUCCGGCCUUUGAGGUGGUUAAGGCGGGUUCCCUCUAAAUCUCUUAUCUUUCUAUCUUUAAACACCUUCGUUUGUUUGGAUCUACCCGUUGGGGAUUCCUAGAGUUGUUCUUCUUAGAACUUUGAGUAUAAGACUUUGAGUGAACUGAGAGAAACACGUAUGUGGGUGAGGAUCAAACACUCGAGUGUGUGAGAUUUUUAUCUAACGUUUUGUGUUUAAGAAUUUUCAGGAACCAUGACUAGUAAGGAUGAAAGGAGCCGACCAGGAAAUUCUUUUGUUGGUUUAUCUAACUUGCAGAUGAGGAAGAUCAAUGAUUCUGUUGCUAACCUUAUACAUGCAGGUCUAGAACAGAUUCAUCAGAAGCUGGACGAAAUUCAAGGUGUCCAACAGACUCGUCCUAAACCCGCAGCAAGGAGAGAACGCCCUAGGCGGACCAACCGAUCCAAUGACGAUUUUGGAGAAAGAGAGUUCCCUGAUGGCGACAGCAAGAGCCAAAAGAAGAGCACAUCUACACAUGCACAUGUAGCUGAGCCAUCCAUAUUCAUCAGUGAAAAGCCCAAAGGUAAAUCUGAAUGCAGCUUUGAAGAUCUAAAAGAUUUUUCAGAUUCAUUACCAAUUUUUGAUGAAUAUGAUGAUGAGCCAACUGAAAGUCUGAUGAAUUGUGAGGAUACUUGUGAUUUUCCUACUCCUGAAUCUGAGUUGAUGCUUGAUAGUAAACUAACCUGUUUUGAGCCGGAGCCUCCGAGCAGUCUUAUUCUUAGUUCACAGGAUUUUGAGGAAGAGCCAUUCAACCAACCACAUCAUGGACGACUUCCUGGCACUAGGACACCUUUGGAUGAUGAUCUAGGUCCCAUAUUUGAUGAGGAAGACGAUCUUGGUCCAGUCUUUGAUGAGGAAGCACCAAGCAUCAACAUGGACAGUCAUCUUUGCUUUGAUCCCGGCACAACUCCUCCCAUUUUAUCCACUGACAUUCAAGAGCACUGUGAGAAACUUGAUUUGAUUUAUUCUCUGCCUGAAUUGUUUGUUGGAAUUAGUUCUCAUAAUGUCAAAAGUUUUGGUCUAGACAAUGUGAAAGAAUUUUGUGUUUCAAAUUCUAUUUUUGAUAACAUGAUUCAUUCUUUUGAGAAACUUGAACCUGAUAAACUCUUUGAUCAAAAAUGUUUUCUAAAUGACAAUGACAUCUCUUCUGGUCUUGUUUUGAGUUUUGAUCAGUUUCUGAAACAUCACAAAGGUUUUGAUCAUCUUGAAAAAUCAUUUGAGCUUGUUUUGCAACAACCAGAUUUUUGUUUCCGAAAACUUUGUGAUUCCUUUGUUUGUUUCAAGGAUAAUUGGUUUGAUCUGAGUUUCUCUAGUCAUGGACUGAUCACUGGUGAUUUGUUUGCAUUCCCUUGUGCCUUGGACGAAUUUAUGGUUAAGACUUUGCUAGAACAGAAAUCACUUAGAACUGAAACCGAUUCUUGUUGUGAUUCUGAUUUGAAACCUGCCCCUUCUUAUUUUGAAUCUGAUCUUGAUCUAAAGUUUUUGUGUUCUGAAUAUGAUCAACCUAGGCUCGUCUUGAAUAUGUUCUAUGGUGUUUCAUGCCUUGAAAGCAUUCUGAUUUGCAACACCUUCUUUGAAAAACAUAUUGAGCCUUGGAAAAGCUGAAAUGUGUGCAACUUGUUCUUGGAAAAUAUAGCUUGAUUUCUGAUU